UGGUGGAGUUGGUGCGGGGGUGGGCUGGGGGCGAGCAGGGUGCCGAAUGCUGCUUGGGUUUGCAGGUAACUGAGCCCCCAAGGGAGGGGGCUGCGGAAGACGGUUGCCUGUCUCGGUUUACCCGCAGCUUCGCCAGCGAGCACGUCGGCCCCGGCGAACUCCCAGCAGCACCCCGGGAAGGCCGUUCCGCCCCGCGAGGCAAACAGAGCCGUUGACCAUGGUUGCAACUGGCAGUUUGAGCAGUAAGAACCCGGCCAGCAUUUCAGAGUUGCUGGACCGUGGCUUCCACCCCGGGAGCCUACUAAAUGUUCCAUUUUCUACAGAUUUUGACUACUGGGAUUAUGUUGUUCCUGAACCCAACCUCAAUGAGAUGAUAUUUGAGGAGACAACUUGCCAGAGUUUGGUUAAAAUGCUGGAGAACUGUCUGUCCAAAUCAAAGCACACCAAACUCGGUUGCUCAAAAGUCCUUGUUCCUGAGAAACUGACCCAGAGGAUUGCUCAAGACGUCCUGAGGCUUUCCUCCACCGAGCCCUGCGGCCUGCGGGGUUGCGUUAUGCACGUGAACUUGGAAAUUGAAAAUGUAUGUAAAAAGCUGGAUAGGAUUGUGUGUGAUUCUAGCGUGGUGCCCACUUUUGAGCUCACCCUUGUGUUUAAGCAGGACAACUGCUCGUGGACGAGCUUCAGGGAUUUUUUCUUUAGUCGAGGUCGCUUCUCCUCUGGCCUCAGGCGAACUGUGAUCCUGAGCUCAGGAUUCCGACUUGUUAAAAAAAAGCUGUAUUCCUUGAUUGGAACCACAGUCAUUGAAGAGUGCUAAAAGGGAAGCACUUAAAAGAGUCCUUUUUAUGAUUGGGUAAUAAAACUUCUCAGCUGCUCGGUUAAAGUCAUGGUAGUUUGCCCUGCCUGCUCUCAGUGAGAGACCCCAAACUGAGUUCAUCUUCCUUCUGUUUCAUAUGCACAGCCACCCCAACUGAAGGGCUUACUGGGGGGCUUUUGAGAAAUGACCCGAAAGAGAGAACAUUAUCUGCAUUUAUCACGGUUUUUAUAAAAUGGAAUGGAAUGGAAUAAGUAAGGAAAAGAAGCAAUCCAAUCCACUUUAGUUUUUUACUUGACUCUACGAAUUUUCCAAGCAGUCUUGCUAAUAGACUGUAUAAACCCACUUUGCCUAGUUUGAUUUUCAUAUGGCUUUUCUUCUGUAAGUUUUCAGAGUGGUCCUUUCAACCACAGAAUCUUAAUCUGAAUGAUGGUUAGCCCAUCAAAACUUCCAGAAGCCCAAACCACCAAUUUCCUGCCCCUACUCAAAUUUGAAGAAUUCUUAUACAGAAGGAUAGAGAUAAGUGGGUGAGUUUCAUAAAACUUAACGCCAUGCAAAAGCAAAUGAGGACUGUCAGGGCAAGAACAGAACUCAGAACUAAGUGCUUCUAUGUUUCUUUGCCCCCUCUCCAUGCUUCUGUUUCAAAGAGGUGGCAAAAGCUUGAGCUGCCAUUUCAGUAACCAUAGUAUUGUUUUAAAUAAUUUUAUGGUACAGUAGAAGCUUAAUUUUUCUAGUUCUCAAGUAUUGACUUUUAUCUUUAAACUAGAAAAAUGGAAAAUGCUGAUUUCUUUGCAUGUAGUUGAUUACUCUCCCAUUGAGUGAAUGUGUACAAGGAUGGGAAGUGAGUUCCAGUCCCUUUCUCGUUCACUUGAUAACCCAGCUUCCUUUUGCUAGUACAUAAUGCUUACUCUCAGAUGAACCAUCUCACCAUGUCAGUGUUGUCUUAUCCUUGGCUCUCCUGGAAACUGAAGGAUCUCUCCUCAACCCAAAUCUUCAAAGGGGAGAGCGGCACACUACCACUUUUAAUUAUUAAGAUGGGCCUAUUUACAAAGUCUCCUUUGGCUCUGGCUAUCUGGUUUAUAGUACAGACUAGGGGAUGAAAAUCAUAAUCUAGAUAACCAGUGCACAUACACAGCCUUCUUCAUCCUUUGAUACCUCUCCCUAGGGAAUAAUAAAGGCCUUGUGUUUUCUCUUGUUCCAACUAGCUAGGUCAUUGUCUUUUUUCUUUAUGUUACUGAGAGAAUGUAGCCUCCACAUCACAGUGUUCAAUCCAGCAAGGCCUUCACAUCCUUGCUGUGGGUCAUGGAUAAGGAGAUUAUACAGGUCUCCUGCCCAAGCUAUUAUCAUCACUUUAUAUGCCUGAGGCCAGGGUUGCAGUGACCAUAGCUUCAUCCUGGUGUAAUUCAAAAGCAGGUGUGAUCCUGUUCCUGAUCCCAUGGAUGACUUAAAAUUUCACUAUUCAAAUCAGCAAGUGUCCUCACAAACUGAACUUUUCAAAUGCUUGGAAAGAUACCACAAAGCUGUUCUUAUAGGACUGGGCCAGGAUAAGUCAAGCUUGUUUUGCAUGUCUGUUAUUGUCUGGGGCUCUGAAGGUCAUUGAUUCCAUGGGUAAGGCAUCUCUGGCAUGGAUGUAGAACUGUUGUCGUUUUUCCACUAACAGUUGUCUGACUCUCUUGUCUUGUAUGCUCACAAAAUAGUGAUGGCUUAUAGAGACUCUUAAAUUAAUAUUCCUGUUAAAGGAAAUUAAAGUUUGUCUAUUUUUGACAAUAAAACAUCAUAUAUUUUUAA